AUGCAGUUGAUACAUAGGAUAGGCAUAGGGUAGCUAGUUAUAUUUGAGUGAGAGAUGAGAGCAUGGUGGCGUGGGUGCGCAAUAACAUUGGAUGAGGAUGAAAGUGGGAGUUGCAUGUCUAAGUGAACAAAUCUCCUUUUUGCAUGUGCUUCAACAACUCCUUGUCCCGUUGACAUGGUCUCUCUAUUGUCAUUCGAAAUCUACUCCGCGUCUAUAAAUAUUCACACUCCGAUCACAUUUCUUGCUCGUACAUCUUUUGUGUUUUGACACUUAGACAUGAGAAUGGCUAUGCACAAAGUUCUUGGUGUUGUUUAUUGUAUAUUACUUUGUGUGGCAUUAUGCUCUGCUGCUAGAGCUCUCCUUUCUGUUGAAGAAGGCUAUGGUGGUGUUGUAGGUGGUGAUCAUGACGCUUUUGGUUAUGGGAGUGGUGGAGGUAGUGGUAGUGGUGGUGCUGGCUAUGGAACUGAGCAUGGUCCGGGUUUUGGUGGAGGUGGCGGUGGAGGUGGCAAUGGUGGAGGGGGAGGAGGUGGUGGUGGGGCGCAUGGAGGGGGAUAUGGAAGUGGAGGAGGAGGUGGCAGUGGUGGUGGUAGUGGGGGUUAUGGUGUAGGUGAGCAUGGCCCGGGUUAUGGUGGAGGUGGUGGAGGGGGUGGUAGUGGUGGAGGGGGAGGCUAUGGUGGUGGUGGGGUGCAUGGAGGGGGAUAUGGAAGUGGUGCAGGUGGUGGGAAUGGUGGUGGAAAUGGCUAUGGAGGUGGAGUGGAACAUGGCCCCGGAUAUGGUGGAGGUGGAGGAGGUGGUGGCAAUGGGGAAGGUGGGGGAUAUGGAGGUGGUGGUGCAGGAGGCGGCGGUGGACAUGGUGGUGGGAAUGGCGGCGGUGGUGGUGAACAUGGAGGAGGAGGAUACGGUGGGGGAGGUGGAAAUGGUGGUGGGGGUGGUUAUGGGACUGGUGGUGAACAUGGAGGAGCAUAUGGUGGGGGAGGUGGCAAUGGUGGUGGAGGUGGUUAUGGGGCUGGUGGUGAACAUGGAGGAGCAUAUGGUGGGGGAGGUGGCAAUGGUGGUGGAGGUGGUUAUGGGACUGGUGGUGAGCAUGGAGGAGGAUAUGGAGGUGGAGGAGGUGCAGGUGGUGGGAGUGGUGGCGGGGGAUAUGGUCCCGGAGGACAUGGAGGUGGCGGUGGUGGUGGUAGUGGUGGAGGAGGUGGUGGUGGAUACGUACCUGGAGGUGGCUAUGGCGGAGGUGCAGGUAGUGGCAGUGGUGGCGGAUAUGGGACGGGGGGUGAGCAUGGUGGAGGAGGUGGUCACGGAGGAGGGGGCGGAGGUGGUUACGGUCCUGGUGGUGGACAUGGGAGUGGCGGUGGAGAAGGUGGUGGUGCAGGAGGAGGGGGAUAUGCUGGUGGGGGCGGUGGAGGCUCUGGUGGUGGCCAUGGUGGCUAUUACCCUUGGCCUUGAGAGAAUAAUACUUAUCAUGAUGCAUGGAUAUAGUAUGAAUAAUGAUUACCUCACUAAAAUUUGGAGUUUUAUUUGAUUAUUUAUUGACUAUUUGGUAUUGUAAAUCAGGAUGUCUUGAUCCUAUGUUGCAAUUCAUGGAGUACUUAUUAUAA